AUGUCCCCACCCACCCCACUAAUCCUCACUCACACCGCCAUAACCUCCCUCCUCACAUCCCUCCCAGCACCCACAAUUCACAACAUCAUCACCUCCUUAACCGCGUCCCUACAAACCCUCACCCAGCCCUCCCCCUCCUAUAGCGGGAUCCCUCCCACUCCUGUAAUAACUCAACCCCCUCGCCAAACCCUCCAGAAUAAUGCCGCCGCCAACUACACAACCCUCAUCAUGCCCUGCUCAACCCCAAGCCUAACAUCCAUAAAAUCCGUAACCCUGCCAACGCCACCAACACCUCCAUCCCCGCCGAACGGCAUAAUCACGCUACAGGACGCUGCGGGAAGAUUGCUUGCAGUUCUGAACGCGGAGGAGAUCACCGCCUUCAGGACAGCCUGUGUUAGUAUCGUGCUGCUGCUUGGGAGGAUCAGGUAUGGGGCAGUCGUGGAGAGGGCAGUGAUAUUUGGCACGGGGAAACAGGCAGAGUGGAUUUCGAGGCUUUUGCUCAGGUUGUGCCCUAAUCUGAAGGGGCUGGCUAUUAUCGGGCGGGAAGGGAAUGGCCCGGAGAAGAUGGAGGCAUUCGUGGAUAAAUUCCGCAGCGGGGCGGAAUCCGAUACGGAAAUAGGCUGGAAAACAUAUGGCGGGGGAAUUGAUCGGGAGGUCCAAAAUGAGCUCCGUGAGGCGGAUGCAAUAUUCUGCUGCACGCCGUCGGCGGUGGAGUUGUUCCCUGUGGAAUUCCUCACGGAUGAGAAGGGGCGAUAUAUCUCCUUGAUCGGCUCGUAUACGCCGCAUAUGAAAGAGCUUAGCCCCAGGUAUUUAGGGAGGGAGUCUGUGACUGUGGUUGUGGACUCUGUCGAAGCGUGCCUCAUUGAAGCAGGGGAGGUGAUACAGGCUGGGCUCGGGGCGGAGGACUUGGUGGAUAUUGGGAGCGUGGCUAGCGACUUGAGUCAUGGCCUUGGUGAAAAAUACCUGGGUGACGUGGUGUUUAAAUGUGUUGGACUGGCGAUCAUGGAUCUCAUUGCUGCAGAAGAGAUUGUCAAGAUUGCCAGGGAACGGAAGGUCGGGGUUGAGAUACCAGGGUUCUCUGGGUGAGGAGUCCAUUCGACAUCCUUCAGAAGGACAUUGCUUUGCUUUAGGUGCAUACCGGAUACAUUCAAGAAUUAAGCUUGUUAAGAUACU